ACUCGCGCGUCCUGGGGAUUGUACUCGGACACUGGAACGGAGCAUUUUCACCGUCUCGUCCUGCACAGUUGAGAGAAAACUCUCAUCAGCUGGCUUGGUUUUUGUGCCAUUUUUUAAGCGCGGAUCCAUUUGCACAGACGCACUCGACCAGGGAAUCGGUGCGCAGCUCCGUGCGUAAAGACACUCGUUCUCCAAAUCGCUUCUACGCGCCGGAGCAGAGAGACAGAGAGAGACUGAGUAUCAGCUGUUUUUCUGUGCACUUCUCUCAGACUCAUCCUGGAAAGAUAGAGUGACUUUCAGAGGCUGUCUUCCUCUCGUGAGAGCCUUCAGAACUCACCCGUUUCACGCGUAAUUUUGGCAACGAACAGUUUCGCGUAUGAAUCUCCUCGACCCUUACCUGAAGAUGACGGAGGAACAAGACAAGUGUCUCUCUGAUGUCCCGAGCCCGAGCAUGUCCGAGGACUCCGCGGGCUCCCCGUGCCCGUCCGGCUCGGGCUCCGACACCGAGAACACCCGGCCGUCGGAGAACGGUCUGCUCCGGGCGGACGGGACCCUGCUCGACUUCAAGAAGGACGAGGAAGAUAAGUUCCCCGCAUGCAUCCGCGACGCCGUGUCCCAGGUGCUCAAGGGCUACGACUGGACUCUGGUGCCCAUGCCGGUGCGCGUUAACGGAUCUAAUAAGAACAAGCCUCACGUUAAGAGACCGAUGAAUGCCUUCAUGGUUUGGGCUCAGGCUGCGCGCAGGAAGCUGGCGGAUCAGUACCCACACCUGCAUAACGCGGAGCUCAGCAAAACUCUCGGGAAACUCUGGAGACUUCUCAACGAAGGCGAGAAGCGGCCGUUUGUGGAGGAGGCUGAGCGGCUCCGGGUGCAGCACAAGAAGGAUCACCCGGACUACAAGUACCAGCCCCGGCGAAGGAAGUCGGUCAAGAACGGACAGAGCGAGCCGGAGGACGGCAGCGAGCAGACGCACAUUUCUCCUAAUGCCAUCUUCAAAGCUCUGCAGCAGGCGGACUCCCCAGCCUCCAGCAUGGGCGAGGUGCACUCUCCGGGUGAGCACUCAGGCUCCCAGGGGCCCCCUACCCCUCCAACCACCCCAAAGACAGAUGUCAGCUCAGGCAAGAUGGACCUAAAGCGUGAAGGGGGCAUCCGCUCUCUGCCCGAAGGCCCCGGCGGGCGCCAGCUCAACAUCGACUUCCGCGACGUGGACAUCGGCGAGCUCAGCAGCGACGUCAUCUCCCACAUCGAGACCUUUGACGUCAACGAGUUUGACCAGUACCUCCCGCCCAACGGCCACCCGGGCCUCCCUGGCAACGCCGCGCCGGUCACCUACACAGGCAGCUACAGCAUCAGCAGUGGCGCCCCUGUCAGCCCGCAGGCGGGGGGUGCCGCCGCCUGGCUGGUCAAAACCCAGAACCAGCAGGGGCAGCAGCACUCCCUGACCGGCGGCUCAGAGGCGGCUCAGGCCCAGCAAAGGACCCAGAUCAAGACAGAGCAGCUGAGUCCGAGCCACUACAGCGAGCAGCAGGGCUCCCCGCAGCACAUCACCUACAGCCCCUUCAACCUGCAGCACUACAGCCCCCCCUCCUCCUCCUACCCGGCCAUCUCCCGGGCGCAGCAGUACGACUACGCCGACCACCAGGGGGGCGGCGCCGCGGCCUCCUACUACAGCCACGCGGGGGCCGGGCAGGGCUCGGGGCUGUACUCGACUUUCAGCUACAUGGGCAGCCCCAGCCAGAGGCCCAUGUACACGCCCAUAGCCGACAACACAGGAGUGCCCUCCAUCCCGCAGAGCAGCCCGCAGCACUGGGAGCAGGCUCCGGUGUACACCCAGCUCACCAGACCAUGAGCCGCCCGAUAGACUGAGAGACAACACACACACACACACACACACCCAAUGAGAUGUACAGCCACACACACAUCCGUUCAAAAACACACAUUCCAAAAACACUUUACUCCAGGGAGAGUUCUUCCCUUGAAUCAGACACUUGAAUUCAACGCAGAGGAGAGCUGGACUUGUGAUUGGCUCACGUCGUGCCUUGCUAUUGUACCAUGAUAGAAACUAUAAAUAUAUAUAUUUUUUAGAGAGAUGGAGAGACUUAAGAAAAUCCUCUGUGAGGACUUAUUGAUUGUCGAUAUUUCCGUAGGUACUGUUUAUGUUUCUUUUCUUUCCUUUUUUUUUUUCUUCAUACGCUGGCAGUUUGUAACCCAUGGGGGUGGAGGGAGGGGAGGGUUUGGGUAAUUAUUUGUACCUGUAGAUAGAAAAACCAAAAAGCUCUAUAUUUUUCAAACCAGGUCAGUGGCGACACUUCUACACGCAGGUGGUGAGGCGCUUGGUUUGAUCUCAUGCGACGGCUUCUGCACGUUCUGAUCGGUUCCGUUCAGCAAGUAUGGUUUGUGUUUAAGCUGUUAAUGCUGUCAAAUUUCAUUUUUUCUUCCUUCUCAAGUUAUGUGUCAUGAUCAUUGAAAAAAACUGUUGGCAAUGCAGUGAAAGAGACGCACUCUGUUUCACGAUGCUGUGUUGUCCUGUCAGAGGGAGACUGCGCCCCCCCCCCCCCCCCUUACAACCCUCCGUGCCUUAGAUUUUACAUUUUCUCAAACUUUUUAUAUAUGUGCGAGUGUGUGUGCGCGUGUGUGUCUGUGCCACAGCUGAGAUUACACUUACCGUCUAACGGUGUGUGUUUGACAGCUACAGGAAGUCACCUUUGACCCCUCGGGUCUCCC